GCUUCUUUGAGGCUUCAGGCCUCAUAGUAGAGGCAGCAAGGGAGGCGAGGGAAGUGUGGGGCCUGCUCAUCCACCCAUGUGAAGAUGCCGCCGUGAGUGAGAUGGUGGCGGUGAUGCGGUGCUUGUUGAGCUCCGUAGUUCCCGAGAGGUGGCUGAAGGCAGCCGCCCCUCACCCAUAGGACGGCUCUCUAUCCAUCAGCCCGUUGUACAGAUCUGUUUCGUGUUUUCUCUUCUUUGUCUGGGGUUGGCUGAUGGACGACCAGGGCCGCCACCCCUUCCCUCCUCAGCAUGAUAGGAGCAGGUGCGCAGACAUCGAGAAUGGAUGGAUGGAUGGAGGGAUGGACAAAUGCCACGCCCAAUUGUGUGCUGCGCGUUGUUGUUGUUGUUGUUGUUGUGGUGGUGUUGUGGUCAGGUUUUCGAUGCCGUACGCUUCGGGUUAUUCGGAUUUGCGCAAGACGAGGAUGUGCAAGAACCGGCCGCCGUGCAGCCGGGGAGAUGACUGCUGGUUCGCACACAGCAACGAGGAGCUGAGGCCUUACCCAUACCCACCUAGACCGCCACGCAUGGGGCACACGGGUGAUGACGACGGCCGUGUUGACACGGGGAUUCGCCCACGCCCACACCGUCGGCCGUCGCAUACCCUCCAUAGCUCUGGCAACAGACAGCAGCAGCAGCAACACGGGUGAGCGAGUGGGGCUCAUAACACUCGUACGAAGCAUAUUUCAGCUUUUUGCCUGUUGUGUAUUUGUUGGUUGCCUGGCCGGUGGAUGCAGUCCUUCUCUCAGUGAGUCGCCUUCGGUCCCCAUGCCGACCAUCCUGCCCCCUCCCCGCACCCUCAAGCCCACCCCUCACCCCGCUGUCUACUACCCACCCUCCACCACACACACCAACAACAGCAGCACCAACACCAGGACCAAACGCACCCAGUACAACAGCAGCAGACCCAAGAGCACUCGAGACAAAGGAGCGUCGCGUGCGGCUGUGGCAGAGUCGCGUGGGUGCGAGGUCAGCGGCGCCGGCAGCCGUCCAUCGGACAGCAAGGCGGUGUGGUCGGGCUCGCAAUCUCUCGCUGACGCCGCCGACGGUGAGGACCCCAGCCCUCUGUCGACUGAGGACUUCCCGCCCCUCCCCACGCAGACCACCAAGACCACCAAGCACAAUCGCACAACGACCGAUCGGCAGCGAGAGCAGACGGCAAAUGAGACCCAGGAGGACCAGCAGGACACACCGCCGGGCAAUGAGGAGGGAGAGCACCAUCUGGCGAGCGGUGCAAUAGCGGCAGCAGCAGCGGUGAAGGUCGUGGCUGUUUGUGACCACACCCAGCAGACCACUGCGUGUGACGAGGUGGAUGGAGAGGGGGCAAGGAUCGGCAUAGCUACUGUGGGUGUCACCGGAUGGGAGGGAGGAGGGCGUGCAGUGGGUGCCUUGUCGUCGACCAGCGAGAUAGCGGUGCAGUGCGAGGGCUUGCCGGAGGAGGAGCCAUCUGGAGGUGGAGGUCAUGACGCCAUCGCGGCCGUCUAUUCCGCCACUGAUCACUCCAACACACACCCGGCAGCCGUCAUUGACCAGCAGUGGCAGCCAGAGGGGGGACACCAGCAGCCGAUCAUGGAAAUGCACGCCGUGCCGAUGGUGCUGUCGGUGCUUCCUGGCGCUCAUCAGGGCGAGAGCGUCUUCCCCUUCUCGCCAGAUGCGGCUGCACCCACCAGCGCGUAUCCCCUUCCUCCGUCUGCUGAUUACAUGGAUGUCUCGAUGCCCGUGAUCGAUGUCGGACACGCCCCAUCCCACCACCAGCCCCCCCCCCCCCCCCCCCCCCCCCCCCCGGCCCCUCUGCACCACCAGACCUACAGCUGUAACUGCUACGCGUAUCAGCCCCAGCCACACGGGCCGGAUGUGCCGAUGCCCAAGAUCAAAUCGUUCGUGCCGUCCCAGCCGCUGGAGCUCACGGACGUUGGCGCAACACACCACACCACCGCCAUCGACCAUUAUCCCCAGCACUAUCCCCACCACCACCAGCAGCAGCCGCAGGUGUCGUUGGCCAACAUCACCCCGCCUCCGCCCUUCCCCCCUCCCAUGCUGACCACCGCGGACACCAACAUGAACACAUACCCGAUGACCACAGUGGACAUCAUCGCACCUGGGCCCAGCACGAUGAGCACUGGGCAGCAGCAGCAGCAGCAGCAUUCGGUGCCGCCACAGCCGGGGUUCGCCGCGUUUGAGACGGGGAGCAUGGCUGCUGCUGCCAUGGUGGUGGCUCAGAUGCAGGUGGAUGUCAUGGCGCGUCAGGGGUGGCUGGGGGGAGGGGCAGGGGGCGGGAUGGGGCAGUUUCAUAGCAGCAGUAACGGCUUCGUGCCGCCUGUCGUCGAUAGCAGCAGCCACAAUGCGACCAUGGCUCGCGAGGUGAGAAGGAAAAGCAGCGAAACAUGGCACCCUGAGGUGAGAUCUGUGUGUGUGUGUUCCUGUAGUGUGUGUCGAGUCACUUUCCUAUGCCCCUGCACCUGCUAGGGCUGCAGAGAGUCAUCACAGAGGAGGGUGAGUGAGCACACGCAACACGCCGGAAUCCAACGAAAUCCACCCACUGAUUCACUCACUGUGUUGGUUUCGUUGUCAGAUCUGAUCAGUAGCACGCCCACGCACUACGAAGACUGACAGCCCACACACACAAGACGGAGAGGACAUGGAAAGACGCUCGCGUGUAGUCUGAUGCGGCCAUGAUGAUGAUGAUGAUGGGUGGAUGGCUCUUUCUGUCCAGUGUAAAUACAGACAGACAGACAGACAGACAGGGACG